AUGACCCACUCUCUCUUUGCCAAUUGGCUUAGAUCAAGUGUAGUAUCUGUUCUUUUCAGUUUAAUCUCUGAAAGAUGUCCAAUGGACAUCACUUUGAUUAUUCUCAUUUUUGGAUUUCGUGACUUGGCCUCUGCGCAUGCGCAUGCCUCGUCGCAUAGUGUCAUCGAGCUUACACUACUCUCGAUCGAUGCGAACCUGCUCUUUCAUCAACCACGUCGGCUUGCCCGAUUGCUUGGAGAAGAAGCUGUGUCGCGAUGUACUGCCAAGGUGGCUUAG